AUGGGAAAUAUAGCAAGUGACCAGAAAAAAAAACCACGAAGCUUAUAUGAAUUAAGCCCACAAAUUGGAGAAUACAAAACUAUAAAUGAGGGUGACCCUGAAAUGGUAGAAGAUCCUGAAUUCCCUAAUCAGAUGAUGAAAGAUGCGCUAAAUAAUAACACAACUGUUGAGGGAAAUAAUGUCCAAGGAACUUUUGUUUAUUACCCAAAUAAAGACAAACCAAAAAUGUGGAUUGGAAACUACAAGAUAUUAAACCCUGAAGAUAUUUUAUGCACAAAUGUGGCAGAAAAAAUAGGAAUUAGUGAAGAACAAUGGAAGAAUUACAUAAAAAUAAAAAACACCACUCAGAAUGAAGAAAAUAUCAUACAGAAUAAUGCAAACCAAACUAAUCAGCCAUUAGAAGAAUUUAUUUCAUUAAAGGAAAAUUUAACAGGAAAAAAAAAUAUCGAAAAAAAUGAUUUAAGUAAUGAUGAACUUGAAAAUAAUUCUACAGAUUUGAAUAAAAUAAAUAAUAUAAUAAAUAAUAACACCACAUCAUAUAUAAUUUCAUCAAAUGGAAAGAAGGAUAUUCAUAACUGUGAGGAGAAUUACUAUAGCGCAUGUAAUACAAUAGAAGGGAUAGAAGACAAAAUAGAGAACAACAAAAAUAGAAAAGAAAAAAAUAUAGAACAAGAGAGAGAUGCUUUAUUUACAAAAACAUAUAUUGAUAAAUUGAAUGAAGAAAUUAAAAAGAUAAAUAAAGAACAUGAGAAUGUGAUUAUAGAAAAGCAAAAAGAAGUAUAUGAAUAUUCUAUGUCUAGCACAAGCGAAUUAGUCGAUCCUCAAAAAAAAGAGAAAAAGAAAGAAUCAUAUGUAAAUAACAAAAUCAAUUCUGUAAAAAAAAUAAAUAAUAAAAAUAAUAAUUCUUCCAAUACCAUUGAUAGCAAAAAGUCUAUAAUAGAACAAUUAAUAGAAGAAAAUAAAAAUAAGUUUAAUUCGAAAAGGAUUGCAGUAAAUGAUGCAUACAAAAAAAAAUAUCUAAAAUAUUCAUCCAUGAGCACAAAAGACAGUUUAAUGGAAACACAUUCCAGUUUACAGGAAAUAUUAUCAAACAAAAUGUGCGAUAAAAGAAAAAUUGUAAAAUAA